AUUGACUUUAUUGGUUAACUUAGGAUCGAGCGGUUUAAAGUAUAAUACAAUAAAAACAUAGUAAAGCCAAAAAAAUGGUGAACUCAAAAACGACGAGGAGUAAUUCAGUUACCAGUGAAAAGUGUACAAAGGCAUUGGUUGAUUCAGAAAAACAAUUAAAAAAACGAACUCCGAAGGCAUCAGAGUGCCGACCCCCUGAUCAAACUAUUGAAAAACUCGGAGACUCAUGCACAGUUGGAAAACAAGUUUUGACGACUUCCAAGCAAGGAAGCACGAAAACAAGAACAGAAAAUGUUGCUAAUGAGAAAAAAAAGGUCAAGGCAGCUGUUCAGAAAACUACAAUCGUUACGUCUGACAGUGAAGAAUCACUCAAAGAAAGUCAAAAUGAUUCUUCAAACUGUACCAAAGGAAGUUCCCCCACUCACAAACUUUGUAAUAAUUUUUCUUAUCUUAACGUUGAUGAUGGCCUUAAAAAACCACAAAGUAUUCAACAAAUUUCAAAGAAGAAACAAUCUAAAAAUGACCAGAAACCUAGUGUAAAAAAAUCUUCAAGAUUGAAUAAAAGUAAAUCGGAAAGUGACUUGUCCAAUCAUAAGAUUACUGAUUAUUUCCAAGUUCGUAGAAGUGAGAGAAAGGAAUCAAAGGAUAUUUUUUACGAAAAACAACAAGAUUUGCAAAAUAAAAUCAUAAAAAAAGUCAGAGAUGGAUUACAGAUUGAAGAAAUUAAAGAAAAAGGCAGAGGUAUAAUCACCACGAAAAAGUUCAGCAAAGGGGACUUUGUAAUCGAAUAUAUUGGUGAUCUCAUAGAUGGAGCAACCGCCAAACAGAGAGAAAUGAAAUACGCAAAGAAUAAAAAACUUGGUUGUUACAUGUAUUAUUUCAGACACAAGGAUAUUCAGUGGUGUAUCGAUGCCACCAAAGAAUCGGGUGAACUGGGCCGGUUGAUUAAUCACUCAAGAAAAGGCAAUCUCAUCUCGAAGAUCAUUGAUGUAGAUGAUAAACCACGUUUGGUUUUUUUCGCCAAGGCAGAAAUACCUAUUGGCACUGAAUUGCUGUACGAUUAUGGUGACAGAAAUCGAGAAGCAUUGAAACACCACCCAUGGCUUGCCUUGUAACUAUUUUUCAUCAGCUUUUUCCUGUUGUUGAUAUAAAAAGUAUAAUCUUACAUAAAUAAGCUAUGAUUGCGUGGUUUUAUCGUAGGAAAUUGUUAUAUAGUUUUUUACUUAAAUUAUUUCCAAUUUUUUUUAAAU